AUGUCUAGCAAGAAAUUAACAAAUCAUGAACAUAUUACCUUAGUGGAGAAGAUUGGUGGUAGAUUGAAUCACUGGAGCUCUCAUCUUCUCAGUUACGCAGGAAGAGUGAAGUUGAUCAAGAGUGUUAUAUUUGGUAUUUCGAAUUAUUGGUUACAUUAUAUCCGUCUUCCCAAAGGGGUCGCACAAAGAUUGAAGGCAAUGUGCAGAUCAUUCUUGUGGACUGGUAAGAGUGAGAUUUCGAGGAAAUCUCCCGUAGCUUGGAAGAUAGUGUGUUUUCCUAAGAAGCAAGGUGGUUUAAAUGUGAUGGUUGUAUCAGAGUGA